AUGGCACGUCUGCAAUCCACUGAAAUCGAAGCCCUUCGUGCUGCCGCGCCUCCUCUCCCUCUCACAAUUGCCCCUUCCGUCUCCUCCGAUCUGUACAAAUCACCCUACACCCGUGCAAAACCGCCUGCAAAACGAUUCGACGAUCACUUCAGCAUCGAAAGCCGGAACUUUACCGGCUCAGCAUUGAAAAAGGGGUCUAGUCCAAGCGGUCCGCGCAAGAUCAUAUCUCUCGGGACAGGACGACCAACUGCGGAUUAUUAUCCCUGGGAAUCAAUAACCCUGGGCGAGGCUCCUCCAGUGCCUACAAUCAAAACUACAACAAAAUCCAAUCUACACCUAUCCAACGGGCAGGAAAAGGGCCACUCUGCGUACAGCAUCUCCAAACAAGGUGCAACAUACAACCUCUCAAUCGCAUUAAAUUACUGCCUCGCAAACGGAUCAGCACACUUACUCCGUUUCAUUACCGAGCAUGUUGAGCUCGUUCACGAUCCGCGGUAUGCAGAUUGGGCGACAUUCCUCUCCUGUGGUGCAACUGCUGCGACGGAGGCAGCGUUUCGCAUUUUCUGUGAUCGUGGAGACACUGUUGUAGCGGAGCAGUAUACGUACCCGGGGACGCUGGAAAGUGCCGAAUUGAACGGGGUUAGGGUUCAUGGGAUUGAGAUGGAUGCGAAUGGCUUGCGACCUGAUGUCUUGGAUGAGGUACUCUCCUCCUGGAAUGAUGCUCAAUCUCCCAAACCACGCGUGCUGUAUACCAUCCCUACGGGUCAGAACCCGACAGGAGCUAGCCAACCCCUGGAAAGACGCAGAGCAAUCUAUGAUGUUGCAGAAAAACAUGACCUCAUAAUCAUUGAGGAUGACCCAUACUAUUUCCUGAGGAUGGGCCCUUACUAUGAUCACGACCAAGAUGCCAAUGGCUCUGCAUCUGGAGAUGACAAAGCCGCUCGGAUAUUUCAUACUGAGUCUAUUCCCUCCUACCUCACUUUAGACACAUCCGGGCGCGUGGUACGUAUUGAUUCCGCAUCCAAGAUUCUCGCUCCCGGAUUACGCGCCGGCUGGGUCACUGCAUCCAAGCAAAUCAUCGACAAGUUCACUGCAUACCAGGAAGUGAGCACUCUAGCUGUUAGCGGCCCCUCCCAGCUUAUGCUCUGGCAUUUGCUCGAUGAGAACUGGGGACAUGACGGAUUCACCGCGUGGCUUAUUAAUCUCUCGCGAGAGUAUCGGUGGCGGCGGGAUGUCCUCCUUGGUGCUUGUGAUUGCUACUUGCCCAGGAAGAUUGUGCAGUGGAAUGCACCGGAGUUCGACAUGUUUUUGUGGGUUAAGAUUGACUGGAGACAGCAUCCAGAGCUUAAAAGCUUGUCCGGAAUGUCGCUGGAGGAGAUUGGUGCGCAGAUAGUUGGGCUGGAGGAGAAGAUUGCAGCUAAGGCUUUGGAGAAGGGCGUGCUUGUAACUAAGGGUUCGCUGUUCGCUUCGAAUAAACAUCUGAAUGGCCAUCUGCAUUUUCGUAUGACGUUUGCGGCUGCGGAGGAGGGCGAUCUGAAGGAGGGGGUGAGAUUGUUUGCUGAGGCUGUGAGUGGGGAGUUUGGACUAUGA